CCACCCUGGCAUUCUCCUCUGCAGCGCCCGCCGAACCCAACGGCACGGCGACGCGAGCUAGGCGAGGCGGCCAAGGGCGGAAGCCGAAGCCAAACCAAGCCAAGCGAGCGGACUAGGGCUUGCGAGCCCCGCCCCUGGGCCAGAGCUGCAGGUCUUGAACCUGGCAAAGUGGGAUGGACCUGGUGGGACCGUUGCUGGUGAGCACGACCCACUUGCUUGAUCCCUCCGGGCUCCAGUUCUUCGGGUGGCUCAUCACCGCGGGCUCCUUCGGCCUCGCGGCGCUCAUCUACGCCCUCCUCAGGUUGCAGAGGGAGGCGUCACUCUACUGUAUCAAGGCGGCCGCCAGGGAGAAGAGGGCCGCGUGGAAGGCACGGCGGUGCCCAAGCUCCAGCCACACGUGGGCCGAGGACCAGUACCGCGGCGGGCAGCCCUCGACGUGCUGCGUCUGCCUGUUGUCGCUCGGCUCUGCGCAUGGGGUGGUGGGCCUGAGGGGCGCCGAGGCUGACGUGGUUCACCGCUGCUCUGUGUGCGGGGUGGCGGCGCACCGGUACUGCUCGCGGGGUGCCGAGAAGGACUGCAAGCACGUCGCACAGGCUGGUGAUGCGUCGGCCAGCUCGCUGCACCACUGGUCGGAGAGGUGGGUGGAGCUGGACGACAACCCGGAGAUAUCCUCCUUCUGUUACUACUGCGAUGAGCCGUGCGGUGUGCCGUUCAUCGGCGUCUCUCCUAUAUGGCGCUGCCUGUGGUGCCAGCGGCAGAUCCAUGUUGAUUGUCAUGCAAAGCUGUUGAAGGAAACUGGGAACACUUGUGAUCUUGGCCUUCUCAGAAGGCUUAUUGUUCCUCCCCAGUCGGUGAAAGAAGUAUGUCAAGGUCCUGCAAUCAGUGGAGUGUUCAACUCAAUCAAGGAGGGUCUUGUCACUUCAUCAGUUAGGGGUCAGGCUAGGAGGUCACGCAGCAAGAAACGCAUGAAUAACCUUCCUGGUGGAAAGACAGAUUCGUGUUCCACAAACAGCUCAAUCCUUGAUUCAGUGCUUGCUAGACUGCAGGUUCUGAAUGGAAAAUAUGCACUGGCAAAACCUAAGUUGUCUGAAAAUUCUCUCGUAUAUGGAUCUGGUAUUCCUAAUGGAGGAAAGGUAAAGUAUGAAAUUGUUGAUUUGCCACAAGAUUUGAGGCCACUGCUGGUUUUCAUCAAUGGCAAGAGCGGAGGCCGAAAUGGACCUUCUCUUAGAAGAAGACUGAACAUGUUGCUGAAUCCCAUACAGAUAUUUGAGCUAAGUGCUUCUCAGGGACCUGAAGUUGGACUGCAACUAUUCCACAAUGUGAAACACUUCAGAAUCCUUGUCUGUGGUGGGGAUGGAACUGUAGCUUGGGUUCUUGAUGCCAUUGAAAAGCAGAACUACGAAUCUCCUCCCCCUGUUGCCAUUCUUCCUCUGGGAACAGGAAAUGACCUAUCACGUGUUAUGUGUUGGGGUGGGGGUUUAUCUUCUGUUGAGCGACAAGGAGGAAUAUGUGCACUUCUAAAUGAUGUUGACCACGCAGCUGUUACAGUGCUUGAUCGCUGGAAUGUAGCCAUCAAAGAGAAGAAUGGGACAGAAGGUCAAUGCACCAAGCAAGUGAAAUUUAUGACUAAUUAUUUAGGUAUUGGAUGUGAUGCAAAGGUUGCUUAUGAUUUCCACACCACUAGGGAGGAAAGACCGGAUAAAUUUUGCAGCCAGUUUGUCAACAAGCUGAUAUAUGCUAGAGAAGGCGCUAAGGAUAUGAUGGAUAGGUCAUGUUCUGAUUUACCAUGGCAUGUUAGCCUUGAAGUUGAUGGAAAGAACAUUGAAAUUCCAGAGGAUGCAGAAGGUGUGAUUGUUAUGAAUAUAGCUAGCUACAUGGGUGGCGUUGAUCUUUGGCAAAACGAUAAUGAACAUGAUGACGAUUUCAGUUUGCAAUCAAUGCAUGACAAAAUGCUUGAGGUGGUUUGUAUAUCGGGGACAUGGCAUCUAGGAAAACUGCAGGUAGGACUUUCAAGGGCACACAGGUUAGCCCAAGGAAAGGUUAUAAGAUUGCACCUCCACAGUUCAUUCCCUGUUCAGGUUGAUGGUGAACCAUGGAUCCAGCCACCUGGGUGCCUUGAGAUUUCUCACCGUGGACAGAUGUUCAUGUUGAGGAGGACAUCUGAAGAACCCACUGGGCAUGCUGCCGCAAUCAUGAGUGAGGUCCUUGUGAAUGCGGAGUGCAAUGGUGUGAUAGAUGCUGCUCAGAAGAGAUUGCUCCUCCAUGAGAUAGCACUCCGUUUAUCGUCCUGACACUCCAUCCAGUCCGCUCCCCUUAUCUCACAAAGCUAACACCAUGCUGUAUCAGUAGAUUACAAACCCACCCCCUCUGUGGAGAAAUCCCUUCCUUUUCACAGACGUAAAAUGGAAACAGUUGAGUUGAUGUGUACAAGCGGGAAAUAGAAAGUUUAAGACAGGUCCUUUGCUUCUUUGUAGCUGGGCUCAUCUGAGAUGCAGUUCAAGGUGAGAGAAUGCCAGUCCAUACAAAGAGUUUUGUAGCACAUAGAGCAUUGUAACUGCAAAUAGGGUUCAAUGAGCAGUGUAACUAGAGUGUGAGUCAGUGGCUUUUACAAAGGUGUAGAUGCAAGUAUUAUCUCACUUUCUGAAAAGAUCUAUAAUUUGGUACUUCUAAUGAGUGACAUUUUGUGGUGCUGCUGUGCAGAAAUUCAUGGUUACAAUCCAGCUGGUUGUGUUGUAAUUUGGUA